AUGCAUUCGCUGGACGAGUUCGGCGUGUUGCGGGGCGAUACACGAGGAGAGGGCGAAGAAGAAGAGAACCAGGAGGAACGAAGAAGCAUGGGUAUUCUUUUCCCGGAGAACCUCACAACCAAGGAUUUGUACGUGAGCGAGUCUUUUGACUGUUUCGACGCGAUCGGAAAUGGCAUGGUGCAGAAGCGGAUGCUGUUCAUCGCCACCAUUUGCGUGUACAUCGCGGCAGUCAACAUAAACAUCGUGCCGUUCAUCUCGACCGACGUCGGACACUGGUGCAAGAGGCCGCCGCAUUCCAACAUAUCCAAGGCCGACUGGAGGAACGCGGCUAUUCCUUUGGACGCGUCUGGGAAGCCAAGCCGAUGCAGCAUGUACGAAAAUCCCGAGCAGCCCGACAACGCGACGACUGUGCUUUGCCAGGACUGGGAGUACGAAGAGCGCUGGCCCAAAGAGAGCGCGGUGUCCACGUGGAACAUGGUCUGCUCGAGGCACUUGCUCAUCACCGUCAUGAUCGUGGUCCAGAACUUAGGAGCCGCUUUUUGCGUGUCUGCAGCCGGAUACCUUGCGGACCGCAUCGGUCGCAAGUCUGUAGCGGUGCCGUCACUGGUGGUCAUGCUGCUGUCGACGGUCAAUCUGUGCGGUUCCACGGCUUACCCCGUGUUUGUAGCGACAUUAUUCUUCGCAGCCGGAUCCAACGCCGUCGCUAUGACCGUCUCCUGCUUGAUCCUCUUCGAGGUAUCCAAUCACGCGCACAGGCCUAUGAUGAACGUCUUUGCCACAACGUUCGGCCUGCUCUCUUCCGAUCUGUCGAUGGCAGUUCUGGAGCGCGCCGGGCUAGACUGGCAGCUCAGAUUGGCGCUUUUCCUCCUGCCAGCGCUGUUGGUGCUGCCAGCGUUCUACUUCAUCGACGAGUCACCGCGCUGGCUCGUGGCAAAGUCCAAGAUCGCCGAAGCGAAAAGCAUCAUGCUGGCAGCGGCCGAGGUGAACCACUUUCCUCUCUCGAACACGGAGUGCCUGCUGGAGAGACUGCAGGCGGACAUCGACGCCCCCUUUGGGGGACUCUCGGCGGCCGAGGAAGCCAUGCUGGGCAAAGCGGCUAUCCGAAAGCACGCGGUCAUCCUAUUCGCCUGCAAUUUCACGACGGUCUUCGGUUACUACAUCACGCUCAUUUCGCCGAUCUGGGAAGACGAUCCGGCGCUUCGCUGGUUCGCGUUCGGGGCGGCGGUCCUGGCGUACGCCGCUACGAAUGUUCUGAUCAGAAGUGUCACCAUGCUGUCGACAAUCACCGGACUGCUGGCGCUGCUGUUUGCACUCCAUUGCCUGCUGAGCGUCGCAGUCGUGGGUGCGCCGGUGAUCGUCAGCGAGGUUCUGUUGGUGGUGACGAAGGCAUUGUACGUAGUCACCGCCGUCGUUGUUCCUUGCUACUCCCUGGAACUCUUCCCGACCGCCGUGCGCGGCUUGACCGUGUGCGGCGGCUACGGCUUCUGCGUAUUCGGCGCCGCCAGCGCGGCCCCGCUGGGCCUUUUGCUCAACCGCCAGAGACGUUACGAGCUCGCGUUCGCUCUACCAGCGUUGCUGCUGUUCGGCUCGUUGCUGGCCAUGUGCGGCAUUCCGCGCACGACGACGGUCGAGUGCGCCAGGGCGACCGUGAGCCCCAACGCCGAAAUGACCAACCGGGACGUGGAGCACAUGAAGAAAACGUUGGAGAUGACGAUCACUUCGCCCACUACGCGGAAGAGCUUCUCAGUCGCUGGAACGAGAUGCCGUCGAGAGAAAUCGCACGUUAAGUCGAAGUGA